AGUCAAAUUAAUUGUGUUUAUUAGUCACAAUGCAGUAGGUAUUUAUAAAAAUUAAAAUAUUAGUUUUAAAUCCAGAAGUGAACGAGGUCAUUGACUAUUUUAUCAGUGGUGCCAAUCCAACUAUUUAGUAAAUUUAAAUUUUUGUUUGUCUCUAAAACUUUGUCAGUCACACCUAACCCAACUUUUUGUAUGUUUAUUAUUUAAUAUAAACGACAAACAUUUUUGUUGAAAAUGGCUGAUGAUUUAGAAAAUAUUCCUUCAAUAACCGUCAAAGAACCGCUCGAUUUAGUGAGGUUAAGUUUAGACGAACGUAUUUAUGUUAAAAUGCGAAACGACAGAGAAAUCAGGGGUAGAUUACACGCUUAUGAUCAACAUAUGAACAUGAUUCUUAGCGACGCUGAAGAGACUAUAACCACCGUCGAAAUCGAUGAAGAAACGUAUGAGGAGGUUUACAGGACAACAAAACGUAAUAUUCCCAUGCUUUUCGUACGAGGUGACGGCGUUAUCCUUGUCUCGCCUCCAAUGCGCACUUCAUAAAUAAAACACAUUCAUUGA